ACAAAACAAGGAAGUGAAAACAAAAUUGUUGACACCCGGCUGUUUUAUUUUUACAUCCCUUUUUUGAUUUGUUGGAAAACUGUGUUGUUUUACCUGUCGUGGCUUUUUAUGUGUUGGAGGUUUAUUGUCUUUGAUAGCAGUUGAUUAUAUUCUUUUUAACUCCUUCUUGGCUUUAUUGGUGCACAUAUCCGGAUACGAACUUGAGGACGAAGACGAAGAAGUUUUUAAGUGCGUCGCGGACAUCGCGUCUUGGACUUGAUUCAGGAUCUAAAUUUCAACUCAGACUCAAACUAGAGACAGAGAUCUAAUGCUAGCGCCAUAAGUGGCCUUGUAAGCACCCUGCAACAAAUGGCGAUGGAAGAGGUCAAGAAAAGCUUGUGGCAUGCAUUUGAUAUUUUGGACAAAUCUGCACAGCCUCAGAAAGUCAGAACUACACAGGUGCACAAAACCAAACUCAGGGUUUUGACAAAUAAUCUUGGCCACAUUUUGCAAGUGGAUUCAGCUGAGACAAUUUGGGAUAAAGUGACAGAAGAUAAUGUCACUUUCGACGACUUUAUGGAUGUUCUCUCAAAUAAUCUGUUAGUUGGUCUGGCAAAGCUGCCUGAGGCAAAAAAUGCAACUUUAAAGUCGGAAAUUGACAACUUGUGUUGGAUGUUGUGUGAAAGAACUUACGUGCAACGCAUCAAAUCACUGAAUGAAAGUGAAGCUGAGGCGGAAAGGAAAGAGAGACGAGAAUUUUCCAGCACUGAUCGCUUCAGAUUGUGGAAGAUUUUCAAUUUCCUUUGUGAACAAGCUGAAGAUGGGAGUGUAUUGACCCCAUUAAGAAUCGACGUUGAAGAAACUGAAAGAAUUGCGGUAGAAAUUUGUAAAGCAGUUGGAAUACCUGUCCUGAAACCAAAUGCACUCGAGCGACGACUCUCGUAUAGCGAGGGAUCUUUUCUGUUGGACUUUAGUGAAUUUGUAUCCCUUGUUGCAGAAAGAAUUGGAGACGAGGAAGCUGUGAAUGUUGUUGGGCAUGGCAUAUCAGAAGUCAGCAAUCAGAUUAUAUCAGAUGUUGUCAGAAAGGGCCAUUUAGUGAAGUUUGGGAACAAAGUAACAACAUGGAAGGAGAGAUGGUUUGUCCUGACUGCCACAGCCCUGCGAUACUACGUGUCUGCUGAGGAAAAGGACUUAAAAGGAACAAUUUUCAUAGGGUCUGGUUGUUUUACUCAGAGUUUUCCUGACAGGCCAGGGGGAAAGCACCACCGCUUCAAGCUACACACACCGAAUAAGCAGUAUGAAUUGUCCGCCCCUGAUCUCCGGUCAAAGAAUGAAUGGAUGUCAGAUAUAAAGCAUGUUGUGAACAGCGUUGGUUCAACUGGCGUCAGCCUACAGAGAUUGGCAUGGAAGGAGAGAAAAAAGGAAAGAGAGGAGAAAAGACGAAGAACAGCUGAGGAGGAAAUGAGGAGAGUAGCUGAUAGAGAGAAGCUUCUCGACAGGGAAAGACAGCUGGAAGAGGAGAGAAAGCAAAGACAACUUGCUCAGGAAGAAAUAAAGGAAAGAGAGCGACUUCUUGAGUUGGAGCGACAGAAAAGAGCAGAAGAGGAAGAACAGAGAAGGCUGGAGACCUCCCAGCUGUUGGAAGAGAAAAGGAAAGAAAUAGAGGAUGAGAAACAGAGAUUUGCGGAUAUAGAACAAAGACUGAAGGAAGAGAGAGAAGCCCUGGUGGCCAGCAGCCAAGAGGCCCUGGAGGCCGAGAGGGAGCAGAGAGCCCAGGUGGAGGCGAGACUGAGGGAAGAGGAGGCACAGCUGGAGGAGGAGAGGAGGAGGCUGAGGGAGCUGGAGGAGGCAAAGGUCUCUCUGGAGGCGUUGGUGGAGGAGGAACGGGCGCUGAAGAGAGAUGAGGAGAUAGUGAGGAACUUGCAAAGCAGGAUUUUGGAGGAGGAGCUAUUGAAAAGGGAGGAGCUAGAAAAACUGCAAGCGGAGCAACAGCGGCGUUUGGAGGAGGAGCAACUGUCACGUCAAGGGCUGGAGGCGGUCCGAGAGCAGCAGGAGGAGGAGCUUAGACUGGCACAGGAGACCCUGGAGAAGAUUGCCUGGGAGAGGGAGGAGGCGGAUAGACAGAUGAGGGAAGCAGCAGAUAAACUGAAGCAGGCGGAGAGGGAGCGACAGGUAUUGGAGGAGCGGCUGAGACUAAAGGAGAUGACCACGUCUGUGCGGCUGGCGCGACCUCUCGAUCGCCCUGACCCCAACCCGUUUGUGACUCAUCGAGGGCUCGGUGCCUUCACGGAAGCCGAGUUUCAGCGGCGUUUGCCCGACAGUGCAGCGGAGGGUGCCGAUUCCUUCGAUGUUAAUGAAUUGAGCGUUGCUGCGAAAAGUCUCACUUUAUAAGCGGUCUGUACAAUCGUGUGUAUUUCCAUGAAGUUUGCUAUGAUGGAGUUGACUUUUGAUUAACACCCAGGAAACAGUGUCCUCAUUUAUCAAGAAAUAUCUUUAGUCCAUGUUUUUUCCCCCUAAAAAUGGUCUGCAUAAACCUUGCAUAAGGUAGACACAAGUAAUUUUUAAAGAGAAUCCAUCACAUAUAGAAUAAUUAUGUAUCCAAUGAAAAAAACGGAGUGAGGGAGGUUAUUUGUAAGAGACUGAUUUGAAAACAUAAUGUACUGUUUUUAUGAUUAUGAUAAAACUGUCUUCGAUGUAGAUGCAAAUGUGAUAAAGCAUGAUCAUUAUCAUUCUUCUUUAUGUUUCAUUCCUACAAACUGCUGAAUUGAUGAUGGAAAGUGGUUAUAUGUUUAUAUGUUGAUUGAAUCAAAAGAUAGAAUAUAUACGAUCUAUACUUAAGACAGUGAUACGGUGAUUAAAGUAUGUGAAGUUGAUGUUUGAAUCAAGCUGAUCACAAGUCCAAGUUUUGAUACUAUAGGUAUGUGCUUGAGGUUUUUGUUUCUAAGAUUUCAGACUCAGACAAGUAGAUACUCAGCACGCUGUGGGUCAGUCACAGGGGUAACGCAAAUGUCCUUGGUCAAUACAUUUAGACUUUUGUCUGUUAAUGAAUAGUCUGAGUAUUACCUGGUGUGUUGAUUGAGAAAAAGAGGGAGGGAAAAGAGAAAUGGGAAAGAGAGGGUAGAGAAAGAGGUCAAGGAGAGGGAUGAGAAAGAGAGGGAAAGGAGGGAGGAGAGAGAAGU